AGUCUGUGUGGAGCAAUAGGAGGGAGUGGCCUUUUGCACAGUGUGAACAGAUAAGUUAAGUUUGCCUUGUAAAGAGAAGCAAGAGUCAAAUCUGAACAGUCAGCCAUUUACUAUUGCUCUGCUGGGCUCCUAAACUGUUCCAGCCCCCUUUUUCCUUCUGCUCCAACAGUUUGAGACAAGACUUUGCUAGUAAAGAACAGAGAAGUGAACUCAGAGCCAUGAAGGAUAAAGUGAAAAAAGGAGGAGGAAGGAAUCAAGUCAAAACCGACACAAACAGCAUGCAAGAUGGACAUGAUGCUGUUGGUGUUCAGCAUGAUGAAGUCACAUUGUUCCCUGUGAAGAUCCAAGGAGCAGGCGUGGAGCCGUUUGAGCUGCAGGUUCAUGGUUUUUGGCUAGUUCAAGAUGCGCUGGUUAAUCUGCUUUCCAAGAAUGAGGUCCGUCCUCGCUCGAACCUGUCUUUAGCGCUGGCAGGUACAAACUUGGAUCCCCAUGCUGAACUGCAAAGCCUCAAAGGCCUGAAAGCUGGAGCUGUCAUUCGCCUGGUGGAAGAGCCUUACACUUCCCACUCAGCUCGGCUCCAUCUGGCUCGUGUCGUGGAGAUGCUGAGAACAUCUGGACCUCAAGAUGCACUGAGAGAAGGAUGCUCACCGAGCGUCCUGGAGACCCUCACACACACACUAAUGCCUGACUCAAGCUUACCAAACGGAAAGAAUCUAAAGCGCUCUUUGAGUAAUGCAAAAGCAGAAUCAACCAAUCAGGAUGGAGCUCCACCUGAGUACCUGCUCCCAGGUUCCUCAGAGAGACCACUCAUGGCGCUGCUGCCUCACAGUUCUCAGUCGGAGACCAACAAUUACCUGAAAGACAUGUCUCUGAGCUGCUGGAACCCUCCUCCAGGACACAGGAAGCUGCAGGGAGACUUCCUGUACAUCAGUAUAGUGACAGCAGAGGGACGUCGCUGUGAUGUUACAUCCGGUCCGAAAGGUUUCUUCCUCAACAGGUCAACAGAAGAUGCAUUUGAUCCUCGUCCUGCUCAGUCUUCCCCUGUUUGUCACUGUUUCACGGAUCUGCUCUGUCACAUCAGCCCUGCUUUCAAACAAAGCUUCACUACUCUUAAAAACAGACCAUCACAGCCACCAGUGGAAGUGGUCCCAACUCCGUACCCCACCCUGAGCUGGCUCGGACCUCCCUGCUCCUCUCGAGCUCACAGAAACACCUUCAGUAGAUUAGGGCUGGAUGAACAGGCAGUGGCACAGGCUCCAGACUGGAACGAGGAGUUACAAGUUGCAAGAGAUCUUCCUCAGGGAAGUCUGGAGGAGAGGCUGCAGAGAGAUCGAGCUCUGAUACAGGUGAACAGCGCAUUUGUGAGGGCGGUCUUGCAAGGAGCAGAGACUGUGAUAGAUGGAUUUGUUGAACCUGCAAAUGGAAACCCAGAGGAUCCAGCGUUCCUCUGGGGCGGCCUGUUCAUGAGUCAGGGGGCCGCGAGUGCGGUGUUUGGUGGUGAGAGGGGCCGCAGGGCAGCUCAGAGGCUGGAGCUGAAAGGUGUGCAGGCUUACAGUGAGCUAGAGGGACUGCAGGGGCUGCACACUCUUCCUACAGCUGUCGUGGACUACAGAGGGGUGCGCCUGUCCACUCAAGGCUUGGCUCCUAGAUUGGAAGGGUCAGAGCAAGAUCAGGAAGCUUCUCCUCCCUCCAGAGGGUUGCUGUACGGGGUGAACGCGGGACCCCAAGAGUCCCCUCAGCGCAGACAACUGCUGUCACUUCUGGCUCACUCUGCCAAGUCUCUGUCUAUCCAGAGACACACUGUUGUGGCCCCCCAUGGUCACCAGGUCCCGCUGUUCACUGCUGUAGACGCUCAGGGGCUGCUGGGGGCCGAUGGGAGGUUUUACUUACUUGAUGUGUUCCGGACCUUUCCAGCUGAUGCCAACUUCUGUUCAGAGGGAGUGACACAAAAUCAGACAGCUAAUGGGGACGAGGAGGGUAGCAACAGCUGUAAAGAGGAUGAAGAGAAGAUGAGUUGUGAGAAAGAAGGCUGGCCAGAAAACUAUAAAGAAACCUCAGGGCUUCCAAAAAAGUUUUCUCAUGGUCUCUGCAGGCUUAGGCCAGAGCUGGUGCAGGCUUUCAUCCAACACAAACACUGCCAGUUCUCUCAGCGUGUCAAGGAGAAGUUGGAUGAAAAUGGAGGUUUUGAAGAAUGUGCAACAGCCAGGGACUCUCGAGCAACAGACGCGGUGCGAGCUGUUUGUGAAGAAGUAGGCUCAGUUAGUCACAUCAUCUUUGAAAUGCGAUUCAACCCAAACGUUUUCUCUCCAGGGAUAAAUUUUCCUCCCAGCGAAGAAGCAGCAACGAAACUACAGGAGAGGCUACUGAGGGAAGCUGCAGCUUUCAUCAUCACACACCAGAUACCAGAAUUUCUGCAGUUUUGUUUACAAAGCAACGAGGCACCGAUGGAUGGAGCUUCUCUAAAACAGGCUCUACACCUGAGAGGCAUUAACCUACGGUACCUGGGGCACGUCGUCAAGGCUAUUUCCCAGUCAGAACACAAGGAGCGCCUGAGACAUAUAUUGAGAACAGCAAUAGGUGACAUCUUUAUCCGCUCUACAAGAAGAGUGUUCAACAAUUUCCUCCAGGGAGUGGAUGUUCCAAAUCUCGCCGCAGCCGUCAGUCACUUCCUGGGCUGCCUGUUGGUUCCCCACUUCUCUGCCUCUCCUGUCGGCGAAGAAACCAAGAAAAAGUCAAGACGGCGCGGCCGUGGAGCUGGGACUUCUGAGAACACGCCCUGGAGCAUGCUCACUGGAGCAGAGCUGUGGAAUCUGGUCUGCCAAGAUGCUGUUGAAACAUAUGACAUCUCUGACAGCCUUGGCUUGGGUCCAAAUCACCUGGUGGAACACUAUGGUCUUCAGAAGAUCUCCUUGAUCAGAGAAUUCUGUUUAAAGACAGGCGUUCAGCUGCGACUGAGAGACUACGUAUUCGACAAUGUAAACAAAGCCCCCAUAGGUCCAGAUGACGUCCUCAACAUCUUCCCUGUUGUUAAGCACAUACAAAUGCCGAUUGCGGAUGCUUCAAAAGCAUUUAAUGCUGCAAAGAACUCCAUUCAGAAGGGUUUGCUGGUUCAGGCCCAUGAGCAGCUGAAGGAAGCAGCAUACCUGUUUGACAGGGCGUGUGAUGAUCUGCACCCUGAGGCGUGUCACUGCCAUAGCCUGUUGGCCAAGGUGACCUACCUGCAGGGGAAAGCAGCUGAGGCUCGAAGUGUGCAGCUGAAAGCCGUGGUCAUCAGUGAGCGUGUGCUUGGCUUCGACCACCCUAACACUAUUCAGCAAUAUGCCCUUCUUGGUGUGUAUGCGUAUGCCGGAGGGGAGACAGCCCUGGCUCAGAAGUGUCUUCUCAGAGCUCGUCUGCUGAUGCUAACGGUUCAUGGAGAAGACCACCCGUACACAGCAACGCUGGACAACUGUCUCGGCUUGAUGCUGACAGAAGAUCAGACAGGACAAUUCCUUAAGAACGCACUAAAACUCAACACCUCCUUCUUUGGCCCUACAGAUCUACACACUGCUCUCAAUCAGCACCUACUGGCCCAGUGGAUGUGCAGCAAAGGUGACUACAGAGGAGCAAUGACACGUGAGAAAGAGGCCCUCUAUGCCUUCACCUUACUGUUUGGGGAGGACCACCCACAGACAUGCUGCAGCAAAGAGUUCCUGAGCACGAUAACUAAGCAGGCAGUGAAGGUAGAGCGCACUUUGAGACAGGCAGGAGCUGACUGCACUGAGCAAGCUGUGGAGUGUCUAAGCCCAACCUCUGACACCAUUCUGGAGCAGAUGGUUCUAGUUCUGGGCAUCAGGAGGAUCACACGCAGUGAUAGGUUCCAGGAAUAUAAAAAGAAACACUUGGAGAAAAAGCUAGCUGCAGCAAAGGAACUGGGGUUCAAACUUCCAAUGGCGUUACAAGUCUCGGACACAGGAUGUAGGAAGGAAGCAGAGGAUGGAGGAAACAGCGCAGACGAGAAGAACAGUGAGCGCGAACAGGCGCUGGUGGAAGACACGCUCGCUGAGAGUGCUGCGAGUGUGUUAGCUAACGGUCAUGCACCAGAGCAAGCUGAUGAAGAGAAAGCUGAUGUAGAUAAAGACAGAGAAGGUGCGGGUGCUAGAGUCCAGACAGCAGCUGAAGAUCCAAAACAGUCAGACUCAGGGGAGAAAAAAGGUGAAAUAAACGGAGGUGUGAACGUCAUUCCCAGCCCACCGGUUCUUAAAAGUAAGCUGACCUGGGCAGAUGUUGUUUCAAAGCCGACCAACGGAACAGGAAGCAAGGAGGCAAACGGAGUCGAUAGCGUCACUGCUAAUGGAGCAGCCGAGGAGUGAAAACAAGUUUUCUAGAGUCACUGCUGUAACUCGAAACUCUCCCAGGAUUUAAAGUGUAAAGUGAUCUAAAAGACAGUGAUACAUUAAUAGGAUGAGUUUUACUUUAUUGUAGAUGUUUCCGUGUCACAGAUGCUGUAUUGUUUAGCUUACAAUAAACUUUCUACAAACA